GCAGGAUUAUCGACCAUUUAAAUGAGUUUGGCGUCGUUGUAUGUGUUUUAGCAUCUGUUUUGGCCUUCAUCGCUCCUUUCAUUUACUGGAAUGCGCAAGGAUGGAAAUACUACGGAAUAGUGUCAUGGCCUGAUGUUCACCCAGCUUCCUACUUGUACUCCCAUCUGCAAUUCUGGAAAUCAGCCUCUACCGCAUUCCAUCUAAAUUACAAAAUGGAGCCCUUCUUCAAAGACGAAAUUCUGUCUAAUGAUGUCCAGGAGCUAUGAACCUGGUCACUCAGUAGGGAUGCUGGCCGCGGUGGAGCACGGUCCCACCCUCUGCAGCGACUCGAACAUCCUGUGCCUCUCCUGGAAGGGCCGUGUGCCCAAGAGUGAGAAAGAGAAGCCCGUCUGCAGGAAGCGCUACUACGAGGAGGGAUGGCUGGCCACGGGGAACGGGAGAGGCGUGGUGGGGGUGACCUUCACCUCCAGCCACUGCCGCCGGGACAGGACCACUCCGCAGAGGAUCAACUUCAACCUGCGUGGGCACAACAGUGAGGUUGUCUUGGUGCGUUGGAAUGAACCAUUUCAGAAGCUGGCCACAUGCGACAUGGAGGGAGGGAUAUUCGUGUGGAUUCAGUACGAGGGCAGAUGGUCAGUGGAGCUUGUCAACGAUCGCGGUGCCCAAGUGAGUGACUUCACUUGGUCACAUGAUGGCACCCAGGCCCUCAUUGCCUACCGUGAUGGGUUUGUUCUGGUGGGGUCUGUCAGUGGACAGAGGCACUGGUCAUCUGAGAUCAACCUGGAGAGUCAGAUCACCUGUGGAAUAUGGACCCCUGAUGACCAGCAGGUAUUGUUUGGAACCGCAGAUGGUCAGGUCAUUGUGAUGGACUGCCAUGGGAGGAUGCUGGCCCAUGUGCUUCUGCACGAGUCUGAUGGCAUUGUGAGCAUGUCCUGGAACUGCCCGGACUUCCUCGUGGAGGACAGCACGGAGAGUGACACAGAUACAGAUGACAACGCACCACCUCAAGUACGCAAUCUAAAACCUCUCCUGACUGUAAGCUUCAUAUCUGGAGACAUCAGUUUAAUGAACAACUACGAUGACCUCUCACCUCAUAUCAUCCGCUCAGGACUGAAAGAUGUGGUGGUCCAGUGGUGCUCGCAGGGGGACCUGCUGGCCGUGGCGGGGAUGGAGCGACAGAGCCUUCCCUCAGCCUCCGCCUGUGCACCCGUCACCCGCAAUGCCCUUGUCAAGUUCUACAACGUCCAGGGGGAACACAUCUACACGCUGGAGACUCCAGCACAGCGGCCUAUCAGCACCAUCUGCUGGGGCCACCGAGACUCGCGGCUCUUCCUGGCGUGUGGGCCGGCGCUGUACGUGGUGCGCGUGGAGCACCGCGUGGCCAGCCUGCAGCUCUUGUGCCAGCAGGGCAUCGCCAGCGCCCUGCGGGAGGAGAAGGACGUGGGCAAACUGAACAUGCCCUCACUGCUCUGCUCCUACGUCACCUCUGCCUUUAUUCCCACCAUCAAGCCACCAAUUCCAGAUCCGAACAACAUCCGCGACUUUGUUAGCUACCCCACGGCCGGGAACGAGAGGCUCCACUGCACCAUGAAGCGUGCAGAGGACGCACCUGAGGCAGGGGGGCCCUGCUACACCCUUUACCUGGAGCACCUGGGGGGACUGGUGCCCAUUCUAAAAGGCCGCCGCAUCAGCAAACUCCGUCCUGAGUUUGUCAUCAUGGACCCUAAAGUGGACAGCAAAGCAGACGAGGUCUGUGUGACCAGCAUGAUGUCGUCUUACAUGACGGACAGCUGUAACUGCUCUGACUCCAGUGACAUAGAGCUAAGUGAUGAAUGGGGGGGAAGGAAAUCUCCAAAACUGUCCAGGGGAAACAGAUCCCCAAAGCUUCCAAGAAUAAAUAUGGAAUCUAGGAAGUCCCCAAAGCUGGCCCAGGAGAUGUCAAGGUCUCCCAGACUACCAAAGAAACCACCUAUUCGAUCUCCCAGUCUCACACGAAGAGAAUUCACCAUGGACAGCAUCAGUGAGCAUAAUUAUCUGGCACAAGUCACAUCCAAUAUUUGGGGAACCAAAUUUAAAAUAGUGGGACUUGCAGCGUUUUUGCCAGCCAAUUUGGGUGCCGUUAUCUACAAGACCAGUUUGCUCCACCUACAACCAAGGCAGAUGACGAUCUAUCUCCCAGAGGUGCGUAAAAUCUCCCUGGAUUUCAUGAGCCUUCCCGUCUUCAACCCAAAUGUCUUCAGUGAGGAUGAGGAUGAUUUGCCAGUCAUGGGACCAUCUGAAGUGACAGGAGACAACCCUCCUUGCACUGUCAACAUCCCUAUCGCCCCAAUCCACAGCCCUGCCCAAGCCAUGUCUCCAACACAGAGCAUUGGCCUCGUCCAGUCCCUUCUGGCCAAUCAGAACAUUCAGCUGGAUGUUCUGACCAAUCCCACGGCCACAGCCUCAGCAGCAGCUGCAGCGGCGGCAGCUGCCAGCGUCCCGGCCCCCGACCACAGCCAAGAGGUAGUGAUGGCCUCUCACACUCUGCCUGCGAGGUACUCCAACCCUGGCCAGGCCAUGUUCAGUGGAUUGGAGAUGAGCUCACUGUUGACUGGGACUCUCCCGCCACCUCCACAUCACUUACCACAGCAAAGUCAUCAACAGCGUCAGCAAGACCAUCACAGUCAGCAGUCAAAACAGCAGCACCAGGUGCAGACGCUGAAGCUGCAACACCACCAACAACAACAGGCCCAGCAACAACACCAACAGCAAAUUCAGCAACAGCAACAACAGCUACAACAUCAACAACAACAGCUACAACAUCAACAACAGCAGCUGCAACAGCAAUUACAACAUCAUCAACAGUUAAUGCAACAGCAGCAUGCACAGCAAAUCCCAUCGCAACAUCAGCAACUGCAACAACACCAACAACAAAUCCAGCAACAGCAUUUGCACCACCAACAGCAAAUCCAACAGCAGCAGCAUCACCACCAACAGCUUCAGCAUCAACAGCAGCAGCAUCAGCUACAGGUCCACCACCAACAGCAGCAGCAACAUCAGCAGCAGCAUCCGCAGCAUCCACAAAUGCCACACCAACAACACACGCAGCAUCAGCACCAGCUCCAACAGCAGCAGCAGCAGAUCCAGCUGCAGCAUGAGCAGAUGCAGCAGCAGCAGCAGCAGAUGCAACAGCAGCAGCAACAGAUCCGGCAGCAGAUCCAGGAGAUGCGGCAGCAGCAGCAGCAGCUCCAGCAGCAGCAUCAGCAGAUCCAGCAACAGCACCAGCAGCUUCAGCGGCAGCACCAACAGAUGCAGCAGCAGCUGAAGCUGCAGAUCACCCUGCCUCCUCCGCCCACCGGCUACCCCACCAUCCCUCUCCACCAGCUGCAGAUGAUGCCUCCCAUGCCCCAGCUGUCGGACCAAGUGCCUGACCGAGUGGAGCAGCCGCCAACGCUGACCCUGAGGACAAGCUCCUCGCGCCCGCAGUCGUUCAUCGAAGGCGACGUGUCUCUGGAGAUGCAAAUGAGGAAGGUGAAUCCCCCACCGCCGUACCCUGGCACUGUUGUGUCAGCGCCCCCGCCACCUCCAUCUACUGUUCCUCCAACCCUCAUAACCAGUAGCGAUGGCGCUACUGCGCUGUCUGCGGAGCCCUGUCUGAGCAAGGAUGAGUUCUCUCUGCACCCCGUAGGGCUGCAGUACCCUACUCCUCUUGGCUAUGAGAGGAUAACGACCUUCGACAGCAGCGGGAAUGUGGAAGAGGUGUGCCGCCCACGCAGGCGACUGAUACGGAACCAGAAUGCCUACAACAUGUCCGGCAUGGGUUCGGCCACGCUCAGGGUCACGUCGUCCGAGGGCAAGAAGAUCCAGCUGCCCUACAGCUCGGCAACUCUCAGCCGUCUCUCUGUGCCUCGGUACACCAUACCGAGCGGAGAUCCUCCCCCGUACCCCGACCCGGCCAAUCAGAUCAACACCAUCAGGAGUCCCACUCAGAGGAUAGACAGUAGCCUAAUUCAUGCCACGAUGAGACGCGACCGCAGAGAUGUGGCCCUGAAGGUUUCCCAAAUGGUGGACACUGCUAGGACCCUGCCCACAAAGGCCAAGAUUAACAGCGGCCUGACUCUUUCCUACCAGCCAAGGGCUCCCACCGCUCUGUACACAUGCACUCAGUGCAGCAGCAACAGCAGCACUGCCAGCGUCAGUGUGAGCAGCGGCGGCACAAACAGCAGUGGGAUCGCCGGGGGAACCGUUGUGCGUCAAGAGUUCCCUCCAGGGAAAGGAGCGGGACACAGCACCAUUAUAGUGCACUCGAAAAGUGCUUCAUCGUUGGCCUCUCAGUCCUCCUACAACCUUCUAAGCCCCGUUGACAACAGCAGGGACAGGACUGUGUAUGUCAACUCUGCCUUUACAGAAGACGAGACGUUCAACCAGCAGUGCCAUUUGGAGAAGUCUGUGAGGCAUUUAACACUGGGGGAUGUGAGCCUGACCGUGAAACGGCCCCCGCCGUACCAGUGGGACCCUACCUGCACUGAUCAGAUUUGGCUCCCCCAAGAGCAGAGCCUUCUGGCUGGUGCCACAGGCCCUCACAAGCCUCCUCUGCUCCUGAGUCCAACGCAACAGUUGGAUGUGAGUCGCUUGCCUUUUGUGCUCUCCACCAAACUGCCCCCUAACCCCAACACGCUGACUUUCCCUGGCUACCAGAUCUCCCUAUCCCCCUUCCCACCAGGCGUGGGGCCUCACGUGGGACCACAGAUUCAGUCUUUACAGAAUCCACCACCGCCCUGUUCACCCAAUGACAUGGUGACCUCUGUGCAAGAUCCCUCCUUGGUUCUCCCUCCGGGCUACCCACCUAACCUUGCUAAUUUAGCCUGCUGCCCUCUUCCACCUAUGUAUCCCGGUGCUAGUUCUUGCAGCAACCUGCAACUGCAUCCAAUGGCACUGCAUCCAUGGAACACUUACAACCCCUGUCCUCCAAUGCAAGAUCCCACUGGUACCAUACCUGGCAAGUCCCAACAAGUCUUGGAGAAGCCCAUCCUGUCCCCGCCGCCAGCUCCUCCUCCACCCCCUCUGCCUCCUCCACCACCUCUCCCGCCUCCACCUCCUCCCCCACCUGCUGAACUUAUCAACCACCAGAGCACGUCAAAGGCUCUAGCAGAGGCAAGUGACAGCUUUCAGGAGCGGGAGGCCUCCCUCAGCGAGAGCCCUGUUCCCCAGGGCACGGACAGGUUCAAGAAGAACCGCAAGAGGCUGGACAGCCGAGCUGAGGAGGCCAACAUGCCCACGGUAUCGGAGGGCAAGUCCAACAAAAAAGAAGGCCGGGCGCUCUCAGACUUCAAUUCGCUCAUCUCCAGCCCGCGUCUCGGAGGCCGGGAGAAGAAGAAGCCCAAAGGGCAAAGAGAGUCGCUGAACAAGGGCAAGAAGCUGAGCAGGACUACCAACGAGUUCCAGGACAGCUCAGAGUCUGAGCCUGAGCUCUUCAUCAGCGGCGAUGAGCUCAUGAACCAGAGCCAGAGCAGCAAAAAGGGCUGGAAGAGCAAGCGCAACAUGCGCAUGGCCAGCGAGCUGGAGGAGAUCAAGUGCCGCAAGGCCAAUGAGAGGGAAGACCGCAGCCUUGGAAGCCAAGGCUUUGUCUAUGUCAUGGCUAAUAAGCAGCCAUUGUGGAAUGAGGCCACACAAGUGUACCAGCUGGACUUUGGAGGCCGUGUGACACAAGAGUCAGCCAAAAACUUUCAGAUAGAAUUGGACGGGAGACAGGUAAUGCAGUUUGGCAGAAUUGAUGGUAACGCCUACAUCUUGGACUUUCAGUAUCCUUUCUCAGCUGUCCAGGCGUUUGCUGUUGCCUUGGCCAAUGUCACUCAGAGGCUCAAAUAAGAAGCCUUUCUCAAGGAGAAGGUCUGGCAUCGGGAUGGACACAAAGAGAUUUGUUGUUCAUUGUGCAUUGUGGCCAAUAAUGUUUAAUGCCUAUGAAUUCCACAACAGCUGCUGUUCAUGUUAUGCAUAAGGCUGAAUAAAAAUGGAAAGUCCGGUGAUCGCAAAUUAGUAGUCUCCUAAAAAUUAAGCCUAUUAAUAAAAGAAUAACAACAAUGCAUAUAUUCCAUAAAUAUAGACAAGUGUCACAUGAACACUCACAGUUAACUAUUCACUCAUGCAACAUAAUACAGUAAGAGGUUUCCUCAACACGGGCCCAUAGGGGACAAAAACAAUAUUAUGGCUUUAUCAGGAAAAUAGAUAUUUAAUGUUCAUUUCUGUUGUUGAAAUUUAAUACUAUGUUUUGAUUUUAUGAAAGUAUUCUCUGGCUUUGUGCAAACUCGGGUAAAUAUGCGGUAUGUGCAUGUAAUGGCUACAUGUGUUUGAAUGUCCUGUCCUGAUGGCUACAAGAAAAAAAAAAAGAGUCUUCAGGUUAAAAAACAGACUAUGAUUGUGUACAAGGGUUUGCUUUUGGCUACAUUAGUAAUUCACUCACUCCAUGUAGACCAUGGAAAAUUUGAUUCUGCAUUAAGGAAAUUUAGACCAUAUUAAAUAUCACUUCUGUGAAGUGAUCCCACUGGCAUACCCUAUGAUUUGUGUCAAUAAAAAGUCACUCAGAUUUUGGGCAUGUCAUUGUGCCAUUUUUGCCUUUAGAUGGUAUGCACUUUAUCCUAACACACGCUAUUUUUAGGAUAAAAGACAUGUUUACAUUCAGUAACCACAAGAUUGCUGCUUAAAGUUUGUUUUGAAAACGUUGGCAAACGCAUGGACACAUUAGAUACCUUGAGUGGUGUUGAUCAGCCCCUCAUCAUAGUGAUUGUUUUUCUAACCUCUUGACAGCUUACAGCUUUUGUUGCUAAAUGGUGUGUUUCUGGGGGGAACAACUUAUGCCCUUUUUCUGCAAAGAGAGCUUAAAGUAAACCUCACUCGGAGACAGUUCAACAUUUGUUUGGUGUGGAACUAUGCUGUGGAAGGUUCUGAGGCUGUAUUAUUACAAUAUACUUUGUGUAAUUUCUGUUAAAAUUGUACCAAUAGUACCGUUUGCUAUCUGGUGGUUUGUUAGGUAGAACAAAAUGGUGGUUCAGGAGGUUCAGAAGGAGAGGGGCUUACCUGUGUUAUGUGGCUUGACUAUUGUAAAAUAUUGCAAAAUAUUUGUAGACAGAUCAGACACAUUUAAAUAUAUUUCAGACGCCUUAGAAUGAUGCUGUGAUUUGUCACCUGAACAUCAAUGAAAUAAAUUAAAGGCAUAUUAAUUACAAAUAAAAAUCAAA